GCAUUUUGUCCCGGAACCCCGCAAUCCUCCCCAUAUUCUGGGCGCGGAGCACAGCGAUUGGUCACUCCUGUUUUCGCUGCGCUUUUCCUAUUUCAAUUUUCUUCGAGAUCAAAUCUGCUUUCCAGAUGUGCUUGGGGAGGAUGGUGGCCUCUUCUGCGAGAAGCCCAGAGCCUAUGGAGCCGCCGGCGCCCCGUCUCCCCUUCUGCUGCGGAGGAACCCCGCUGGCGGUUGUGGUGCUGCUCGCGCUGCCAGUGGCCUGGGGUCAAUGCAAUGCCCCUGAACAGCUUCCAUUUUCCAGGCCUAUCAACCUAACUGAUGAGUCUCAGUUUCCCAUUGGGACAUAUUUAAUGUACAAAUGCCGCCCUGGUUAUUACGGAAGAUCAUUUUCUAUUGUCUGCCUAAAAAACUCAGUCUGGACAAGUGCUAAGGACGAGUGCAGACGAAGAUCAUGUCGUAAUCCUUCAGAACCUGUGAAUGGCAUGGUGCAUGUGAUCAAAGACAUCAAGUUUGGAUCCCAAAUUAAUUAUUCUUGUAAUAAAGGAUACCGACUCAUUGGCUCCUCAUCCGCCACAUGCAUCGCCUCAGGCAAUACUGUCAUUUGGGAUAAUGAAGCACCUGUUUGUGACAUAAUUCCCUGUGGGCUACCCCCCACCAUCGCCAAUGGAGAUUUCAUUAGCACCAGUAGAGAGGAUUUUCACUAUGGAUCAGUGGUGACCUACCACUGCAAUCCUGGAAGUAGAGGGAGAAAUAUGUUUGAGCUCGUGGGUGAGCCCUCCGUAUACUGCACCAGCAAUGAGGAUCAAGAGGGCAUCUGGAGUGGCCCGGCCCCUCAGUGUGUCAUACCUAACAAAUGCAUGCCUCCAAAUGUUGAAAAUGGAAUAAUGGUAUCUCACAACAGAAGCUUAUUUUCCUUAAAUGAAGUUGUGGAGUUCAGGUGUCAGCCUGGCUUUGUCAUGAAAGGAUCCCCCCGUGUGCAAUGCCAGCCGCUGAACAAAUGGGAGCCAGAGUUACCAAGCUGCUCCAGGGUAUGUCAGCCGCCUCCAGAUAUCCUGCAUGGUGAGCGUACCCAAAGGGACAAGGACAGCUUUUGGCCUGGCCAGGAAGUGUUCUACAGCUGUGAGCCCGGCUAUGACCUCAGAGGGGCUGCUUCUCUGCACUGCACACCCCAGGGAGACUGGAGCCCUGCAGUCCCCAGAUGUGCAGUGAGAUCCUGUGAUGACUUCCCGGGCCAACUUCCUAAUGGCCAUGUGCUAUUUCCACCUAAUCUCCAGCUUGGAGCAAAAGUGGAUUUUGUUUGUGAUGAAGGAUUUCAAUUAAAAGGCAGCUCUGCUAGUUAUUGUGUCUUGGCGGGAAUGGAAAGCCUUUGGAAUAGCAGUGUUCCAGUGUGUGAACAAAUCUUUUGUCCAAGUCCUCCAGUUAUCCCUAACGGGAGACACACAGGAAAACCUCUGGAAGUCUUUCCCUUUGGAAAAGCAGUAAAUUACACAUGCGACCCUGACCCAGUCAGCGGGAAGACCUUCGACCUCGUUGGGGAGAGCACCAUCCGAUGCACAAGUGACCUUCAAGGGAAUGGGAUUUGGAGCAGCCCUGCCCCUCGCUGUGGAAUUCUGGGUCACUGUAAAGCCCCAGGUCAUUUUCUGUUUGCUAAGCUGAGAACCCAAACCAAUGCAUCUGACUUUCCCAUUGGGACAUCUUUAAAGUACGAAUGCCGUCCUGAGUAUUAUGGGAUGCCAUUCUCUAUCACAUGUCUCCGUAACCUGGUCUGGUCAAGUCCCAAAGACGUCUGCAAACGUAAAUCAUGUAAAACUCCUUCAGAUCCAAUGAAUGGAGUGGUGCAUGUGAUGACAAACAUCCAGGUUGGAUCCAGAAUCAACUAUUCUUGUAUUACAGGGUACCGCCUCGUUGGUCAGUCAUCUGCUGAAUGUAUCCUCUCAGGCAAUGCUGCCCAUUGGAGCACAAAGCCACCAAUUUGUCAAGAAAUUCCUUGUGGGCUGCCCCCCACCAUCACCAAUGGAUAUUUCAUUAGCACCAACAGGGAGUAUUUUCACUAUGGAUCAGUGGUGACCUACCACUGCAAUUCUGGAAGCGGAGGGAGAAAUGCGUUUGAGCUCGUGGGUGAGCGCUCCAUAUACUGCACCAGCAAUGAGGAUCAAGAGGGCAUCUGGAGUGGCCCGGCCCCUCAGUGCAUUAUACCUAACAAAUGCACGCCUCCAAAUGUUGAAAAUGGAAUAAUGGUAUCUGGCAACAGAAGCUUAUUUUCCCUAAAUGAAGUUGCGGAGUUCAGGUGUCAGCCUGGCUUUGUCAUGAAAGGAUCCCCCCGUGUGCAAUGCCAGCCCCUGAACAAAUGGGAGCCAGAGUUACCAAGCUGCUCCAGGGUGUGUCAGCCACCUCCAGAAAUUCUGCAUGGUGAGCAUACCCAAAGCAAUCAGGUCAACUUUUCACCUGGGCAGGAAGUGUUCUACAGCUGUGAGCCCGGCUAUGACCUCAGAGGGGCUGCUUCUCUGCACUGCACACCCCAGGGAGACUGGAGCCCUGAAGCCCCCAGAUGUGCAGUGAAAUCCUGUGAUGACUUCUUGGGUCAACUCCCUCAUGGCCAUGUGCUGCCUCCACUUAAUCUCCAGCUUGGGGCAAAAGUGUCCUUUAUUUGUGAUGAAGGGUUUCGCUUGAAGGGCAGUUCCGUUAGUCAUUGUGUCUUGGUUGGAAUGAGAAGCCUUUGGAGUAACAGUGUUCCUGUGUGUGAACAAAUCUUUUGUACAAAUCCUCCAGCUAUCCUUAAUGGGACACAUACAGGAACUCCCCUUGGAGAUAUUCCCUAUGGAAAAGAAAUAUCUUACACAUGCGACCCCCACCCAGACAGAGGGAUGACCUUCGACCUCAUUGGGGAGAGCACCAUCCGCUGCACAAGUGACCCUCAAGGGAAUGGGGUUUGGAGCAGCCCCGCCCCUCGCUGUGAACUUUCUGCUCCUGCUGGUCACUGUAAAACCCCAGAGCAGUUUCCAUUUGCCAGUCCUACAACCCCAAUUAAUGAGUCUGAGUUUCCAGUUGGGACAUCUUUGAAUUACGAAUGCCGUCCUGGGUAUUUUGGGAGUAUGUUCUCUAUCUCCUGCUUAGAAAACUUGGUCUGGUCAAGCGCUGAAGACAACUGUAGACGAAAAUCAUGUGGAACUCCUCCAAAACCCUUCAAUGGAAUGGUUCAUGUAAACACAGACACCCAAUUUGGAUCAACAAUUGAUUAUUCUUGUAAUGAAGGGUUUCGACUCAUUGGUUCCCCAUCCACUACUUGUCUCGUCUCAGGCAAUAAUGUUGCAUGGGAUAAGGAGGCGCCUAUUUGUGAGAUUAUAUCUUGUGAGCCACCUCCAACCAUAUCCAACGGAGACUUCUACAGCAACGGUAGAACUUCUUUUCACAAUGGAACAGUGGUAACUUACCAGUGCCACACUGGACCAGAUGGAGAACAGCUGUUUGAGCUUGUGGGAGAACGGUCAAUAUACUGCACCAGCAAGGAUGAUCAAGUCGGUGUUUGGAACAGCCCUCCACCUCAGUGUGUUUCUGUUAAUAAAUGCACAGCUCCAGAAGUUGAAAAUGGAAUUAGAGUGACAGCAAAUAGGAAUUUAUAUUUCCUCAAUGAGAUUGUGAGAUUUAGAUGUCAGCCCGGCUUUGUCAUGGUAGGGUUCCACGUCGUGCAGUGCCAGACAAACAACAGAUGGGGACCCAAGCUGCCGCACUGCUCCAGGGUGUGUCAGCCACCUCCAAAAAUCCUGCAUGGUGAGCAUACCCCAAGUGAUCAGGACCACUUUUCACCUGGACAGGAAGUGUUCUACAGCUGUGAGCCCGGUUAUGACCUCAGAGGGGCUGCUUCUCUGCACUGCACACCCCAGGGAGACUGGAGCCCUGAAGCCCCCAGAUGUGCAGUGAAAUCCUGUGGUGACUUCCUGGGCCAACUCCCUCAUGGCCGUGUGCUGUUUCCACUUAAUCUCCAGCUUGGGGUAAAGGUGUCCUUUGUUUGCGACAAAGGGUUCCGAUUAAAAGGCAGGUCUGCCAGUCAUUGUGUUUUGGCUGGAGUGAAAGCCCUUUGGAAUAGCAGUGUUCCAGUGUGUGAACAAAUAUUUUGUACAAAUCCUCCAGCUAUCCUUAAUGGGACACAUACAGGAACUCCCCUUGGAGAUAUUCCCUAUGGAAAAGAAAUAUCUUACACAUGCGACCCCCACCCAGACAGAGGGAUGACCUUCGACCUCAUUGGGGAGAGCACCAUCCGCUGCACCAGUGACCCUCAAGGGAAUGGGGUUUGGAGCAGCCCCGCCCCUCACUGUGAACUUUCUGCUCCUGCUGCCUGCCCACAUCUACCCAAGAUCCAAAACGGGCAUUACAUAGGAGGACACAUACCUCCAUAUCUACCUGGUACGAUAAUCAACUACAUUUGUGACCCCGGCUACCUGUUAGUGGGAAAGACCUUCAUUUUCUGUACAGACCAGGGAACCUGGAGCCAACUGGAUCAUUAUUGCAAAGAGGUAAAUUGUAGCUUCCCACAGUUUAUGAAUGGAAUCCCGAAGAACUUAGAAAUGAGAAAAGUAUAUCACUAUGGAGAUUAUGUAACUUUGGAGUGUGAAGAUGGGUAUACUCUGGAAGGCAAUCCCCGGAGCCAGUGCCAGGCGGAUGACAGAUGGGACCCUCCUCUGGCCAUAUGUACCCCUCGUGCACAUAAUGCUCUCAUAGUUGGCACUUUAUCUGGUACAAUCUUCCUUAUUUUAUUCACCAUUUUCCUCUCUUGGAUAAUUCUAAAGUGCAGAAAAGGCAGUAAUGCCUGUGACAAACCUAAAGAAGUUGCUCUCCAUUUACAUUCUCAAGGAGGCAGUGGAGUUCAUCCCCAAACUCUGCAAACAAAUGAAGAAAAUAGCAGAAUUCAAAAUGUUUUCAACAACUCAAAUAUUAAAAGUGGAAACAGGAUUUGAAUAUGAUACUGCACUAGUGUCCUUCCUUGACAAAGUACCAUAACGCUGAAGAACAUCUCGAAUAAAAUGUUCAAGAUGGGUUGGAAAGGAGCCAAUUGAUUUCAACAGAAUAAGAUCUGAGCUUCAUAAGUCUUUGAAGUGACUUCACAGAGAUGCAGACAUGUGCACUUGAAGAUGCUGCCUCUUCCCCAGGACCUAGCAAAGCUCCUCCCUCUUUGUGUGCAUCACUGAAACCCCUACCCUUCUGCCUCAUGCUAAAAGCACACAGUAUGUACUCAGGGGAAAAGACUGCAUUUAGGAUAUAGAAAAUAGUUUGAAUUACUUAAAGGAAUAAUAUGUUGCCUGGAAUUUCUGGUUUAUAUGCUGGUCAUUUUUCUUUUUUGAAAUAUUUAUAAUCUAGAAUGGGCUCAUUAAGGAGAGCUUGGAAAAUGAAGAAAGUUAUGAAAACAAGUAAGUCACAUAUAAUUAUGCUACCUAGAGAUAACCACUCCUAGUAUUUUGAUUCAUUUUCUGCCUAUCUUUUCUCACAUAUGUGCUUGUUUACACACAUACUUCUCCCCCCUUAGUUUCCUUUCAUUUUAUAGAGCAGAAACCUACUCUUUUAAACAGCUUGGAGUGAAAUAUAUGCUACAUAUUUUCUCUAGGGAGAAAAAUUAAUUUACUAAAAAGACAUUAAGUGAUUAUGGGAAGAGUGAUUAAGACUACUCAAGAGAAAUAUUUGGAAAAUCAGCUUUGGGUAUUUUCUAAGCUUUAUUUUAAAAGUACUUUGUACUAUGUUCUAUAUAAAAAUAUACUAAAAAUUGAAAUGAAAGAAUUGUAAUUAUAAAUGUAACUAGCUUACUUUUGUAUGGAUUCAGAUUAUAGUAAAUUAACUUUUAAAAGCACAACUUUUAAAAAAUUUGUCAAAAUAAUAACCAUCUUCUUACAUUUUUAAAAGAAGUGGCACUGUGCUCAUUAGUCCACAUCUUUAGAGAUCAAAAUUUUGUAACGAUAUUAUGGGCCAUACUAAUGACCUCUAGAAAACAUCAGAAUAUUUCUAGAUACUCAAUAAUAGCUUUAUGUAUGACUGCUGCUCAUUUCCGUGUAAUUCUAUCUAAUCGUGGCUUUAAAGGUGAAUUCUGCCACAUUCACUGUGACAGCGGUAUAAGAAGUGAGAGACACGAACCUGAAUUUCAAUUUAAAAUUAAACCAGAAUAAGAAAAAUCCACUGAUAAACUGCAAGAAAAAUAUGCAAUGUACAUCACAAAGAGUAAAUGCUUUAUUAUUUAGAAAGUACUGAAAAAUUCAAAGACCAAACUUCUCUCCACCCCACGAGAAUGGGCAAAGGACAUACAGCUAGGUCCCCAAGAAAGAAGGGCAAGUAACCAAGGAAUAUAUAUGAAGAUACUUGAUAAGAUUUUGCUUAGUUGGAUCUUUAGCAAAUCUCUUUUAUUUCUUGGGAUUUUGAAGAAAUAACUUUUAAAGGACUAGAAAUGCUUGGGAAUUGGCCUUUUUUAGAAUUAAAAUUCCCCAUCACAAGAAAAAAAAAUUCUGAGUUAUUUUUUUUUUUGUCCAGAAUGGAGUAGGUCAGUGAGCAAUGUGAUUAAUAAAUGUGCAAUCCCUGUGACUUUUGUUUGGUUUUGUUUUGGAGACAGGGUCUUACUCUGUCACCCAGGAUGGAGUGCAGUGGUGCUAUCUAAGCACACUGCAUCCUCUUCUGUAACUUUUUAACUGCAAGAAAACCAAAAGAUUUUUUCCCAUUAUGUCAGUUAUAAUGGGAAAUAUCGCAUAUGCUAACUAUGAGUAAAAUACUAUAUGCCUAACUUGUAUUAUUAAGCAAUUCUGCUGACUUUCACUUUACAUCUUCAUCUGAAAAGCAGGGGCUGGACACCAGUUGCUCUCUGAAGCUAUUCCUAGUCCUAACAUUCUUUGUUUUGUUUGCUUUCUUGGCACACUUAAGUGUGUAGUGUCAAGUUUAUGAUGAUUAAAUGAAAUUUUCUGUCUCUACCCUUUUAAUGAGAAAGGAAUAAAAUAUUUUAUUUUCCAAAUCUA